AUGGAUACCCAGACCAACCGGCUGCGAACAAGGCUGCGAACAAGGCGGGCCUGCGAGGCGUGCAAAGCUCGAAAACGUAAAUGUGACGGACAAGAUCCUUGUACAUCCUGUGUCAGAUACGAAUACUCGUGUCUCUAUCGCACUCGUCUGCCUCGAAAAAGAGCCAAGGAGGAGUCCGAGCCGGCGGCCAGUUACUCGCUCCAGUCCUCACAGUCACCAGCACUUCUUCGCCCACCUACGUCUUCGCCAUCGCAAUUCCAUACUACACCUCCAAAUGCACCAGCCGCGCCCACUCAACCGCAGCGACAUGUUGAUUGCAGUUCAGGCAUGGCCUUUCCUCAUGUCCUGGGGCUGAAGCUUGACCCGGGUCAUCCACCCAAAUUGAAAGGAUUUGGUUGGAAUCUUGGCCUGCAAUAUCAUCAGCCUCGUUCAGAGAAAAGUAUCACGUGGAUCAUCACACACCGUGAAUGGGAUCGUUUGUUCGAGAUUUAUGUCGACAACAUCCACCCACUCUAUGGAUUCCUCGACACUGAGUCCAUCUUUGCUCAAAGUCUCACACGAUGGACAAACCCCAAUGCGACCAAGUCAUACGAUCACAUUCUGUGUGGAAUUGCCGCCAUUGCCUCACUCUUCCUCCCUGCUCAUGAACGCCUUAUUGAGCGGGAACGACUCCUGGUUGAAUGUGCUCGCGAUAUGAUGGAGAUCAAUAGCAUGAUACGAGAGCCAACGCAUAUCGACGCUCAGGCGUGGUUGCUGAGGACACUGUUCCUUCGGUUCAGCAGCCCGCCACACGCGACGUGGAUGGCCAGUUGCACAACCAUGCACAUUGUGGAAGCUACCGGUCUCCACCUGGAUCCCAGUACCGACGCCGCCACCGCUACCGUGGACGACGACGUUGAGUCAGCCUCCGCUACACACACCGGCCGACUGGGCCCGGAAGUUCAUCGCCGAGUCUACUGGGCAGCCAAAUUGCUCAAUUCAUGGAUCUCGUUCGAGUUUGGCCGGUCGCGAGUCGUGAUUCAAGGGAGUACGUGCCAACCACCCGCGGCAAUGGCCCACGACCCCUCGAGUGACAUGGUCAAAAUGUUUCAAUUCUCUGAGUAUCUGCAUCCUGACAGCACGGCCAGCCUGGAGCAGUUGGAAACAGGUCUUCGAGAAAUUACGGGGUAUGAUUUUAAUAUAGGACACCUGAUCAUGUCACAGGCCAACGUCUGCUUUGGGUUCUACAGACGGCUCCGCGUUUCUAAUAUUCACUUGAACAUGGACUUGUUGAAAGUCGUUAUUGAGAUUGGCACUAAAGCACUAGCCGCCUCGAGACAGGCUUGUGAACAAGGUCGACCCUGGUGGCACAUAUCGAACGUGCCCUUCCAAUUCACCUGCGUCCUCCUAGCCAUGGACACGAGUGAAUCUCUGUCCAAAGUCAACGAGUCGCUUGACACGCUACGAUUUGUUGCAUCAACAUUCAACACUCCCAUGGCUCGAAGCGCCCUCGAGACCAUUGAGUCUCUUGUUCGACUAGCCCAAAAGAAAAAGGAGCAAGAUGCGAUGCAAUUGAGUCGGUCUUUAAUGCCACUGUCCGCUGAUGCGACCUCUACACCAAUGACGGCCAACAGUUCUACUUAUCCUUCUACUGACUUGUCCCAGAGUCAAAUUCAGAACCAGAACCAGAGUCAAACUCAGAGCCAGGCACAGAUUCAGUCGUCACUGGAUCAAGUGACUGAUUUUUCCUGGUCGAAUAGCCUGUUGUUGAAUGAUCCCACACUAGAUGAUAUCAACUGGGAAAUGUUAUUUUCCAUGCCAUUAGGGCUGUCCAAUGAGCAGCAGCCCGUUUAAGAAAGAUUUGACGCGGUCUGCCUCAACCCCGAGGCAUUACGGACAAAGAAUCAACGGCACUACACCAGCAGAGAUGAAAAGGCUGAACUAUACCCACUUGGAUUGUGCCAAAGAUUGUCAUCCCUUACUUAAUGACAUUUGAGAACUGCGUGACACGAUCGUAGGGAUGGUAAAGCAACUCAACAUAUCGAGAUGAAGACAUGGAUGUGGACAGAUUCCGAUGACAUUAAGCUUUCUUCACAGAUGGAUCCAGUAAUUGUCUCAUGUGAUUGACAAGGUCUAGUCCACUAUGGAAUGUCUUGGAAGACAGAGAGGUAUUCCUAACAACCAUGGCACCCCGUGGUGCCUUCUCUUUAGAGGAGUCCAUUAGUCGCGGGCCUCAGCGGCUUGUUCAAUGCGAUAUAGUUGAGGGAGAAGAUCGGUCAAGGUCUCAUCUAAUCCUCUCCACUUGAUACCCAGAUCAUGAGCCUCCUCGGUCGAGUCGACGGCAAAAUGAGAGGCUGCGUCUCUCUGACCAGGGUUGCCGAGAGGAAUCCGAGCAGAGUGUUUGCUGGCAACGCUGCGAGCCACAUCGGCUAUCUCCUGGCUGCAGUAGACACCUCGAGCGAGCAGCAUACGGCGGCCACCCAGGGUGGAAUCCAUCAGAGCGCUAACAUGGG